GUGCUAUUCUCAUGUAGGCAAGACCGGAGGGCAACAACCAUUAUCUCUUGGACCAGGAUGUGGCUAUAUGGGAACAGUGUUGCACUAGCUGGCCCAUGCUAUCGGCUUCUAUCAUGAACAAAACAGAUCAGAUCGAGACGAAUACAUAACUAUUUUUUGGGAAAACAUCAAAGAAGGUUUGACUGAUCAGUUUUUCUUGUUGAAACCUCACCAGAAUCAGCUUCUCUCCACCUUUGAUUACGAUUCCAUCAUGCUGUAUGGCUCUUAUACAUUCUCCAAAGACAGGAGAAAUCUUAAAACAAUGUUAAGGAAAGACGGUGGCCUUAUAAGGGAAGUGAUCAACAAGAACAUGUAUAGUAAAUCGGAUAUUGCCCGAGUCAACAAAUUGUAUGAUUGUCCAAACCGCUCUAAAGUCUAAACAAAAUAAAGUCACAUAUGCUAAAAUCAUGUUUUCGUAUAAUAGUUUUGCUUGUAUUUUUCUUUUAUGGGAGUGUCUCUGAAUA